AUGAAAAGAGAAACUUCUAUACUCCAUGCUGGGCAAAGAUUUGAUCCAACGACCGGAGCUAUAUCUGCACCAAUAUAUCAAUCCAGCGCAUUUGCAUUUGAGUCGGUAGACCAAGCUGCAAAUGUAUUUGAUCUGAAAGAGCCAGGGCGUACAUAUUCAAGAUUGAUGAAUCCUACUAAUGACAUAUUUGAAUCAAGGAUAGCCAGUUUUGAAGGUGGUGUAGGGGCUCUUUCAACAUCCUCUGGUCAGGCUGCUAUUACUUACGCAAUUCUGAAUAUAGCUGAGGCUGGAGAUAACAUUGUUUCGUCUAAUAGGCUUUAUGGAGGAACCUGGCAUCUCCUGGCACAUACUAUGAGACGUCUGGGAAUAGAAACCAGGUUUGUAAAUCCUGAUGCUCCAAAUGAUUUUUUAGAAGCAUCUGACGAAAAAACUAAAUGUUUCUUUUUGGAAGGGAUUCCAAAUCCAAUGCUAACGCCAAUACCUGUAAGAGAGAUAGCAGAAAUAUCAAGGAGUUUAGGGCUGCCAACAAUAGUUGAUAAUACUAUCACUCCGUAUAUAGCGUCUCCUUUUAAUUUAGGUGUAGAUAUUGUCGUUUACUCUACUACAAAAUUUAUCGGUGGUCAUGGGAAUACUAUUGGUGGAUGUGUGGUUGACAGUGGAAACUUUGAUUGGGAAAAAAAUCAGGAUCGAUUUCCUUUAAUGUGUGAACCCGAUCCAUCCCAUGGAAAUAUUUUGUGGCUGGAUGCGGCAAAAGAAUUGGGUGGCGAGUAUGGUCAGAGCCCAUAUUUACUGAAAAUGAGGAACACUAUUCAGCGUGAUAUAGGUGCAUGCCCAAGUCCCUUUAGCUCCUUCCUGCUUCUUCAAGGAUUAGAAACACUACCAAUGAGGAUGAAGAAGCAUUGUGAAAACGCAGCAG